AUGAGAGGUGAGGUGAAGAACGUGACAGGUGUGGUGGAUCUGGACGUGACGGGAAUUAUCAACUACUUAGAUCAAACGGUGUUAAUAAUCCCGACUCCCAAACCCGCCGUCGGCAGAUCCCAAAUUCUCAAAAUCCUCGAACAGGCGAAGAAUUCGCCGGAAUCUCAUCAGAUGGUGUGCCUCCACCGGCUUAAAUCCAUCGCCGGCAGGAACGAGAUCAGCAGCAGGACGCACUUGCACGCGGCCGGAGCAGUCGAGUUUCUGACGUCGGUUCUGACGAAGAGCGACGCCGUCUCGAGAGACGAAGCGCUCUCGGUUCUGAAUCAGAUUGAGUUGUCGGAUUCGGAGCUCAAGAAAUUAUCUUCGGAAAGUAGUUAUUGUGGAUUUAUGACGUCAUUAAUGAAAGUAUUGGAAACCGGAAACGACGAGUCUCGUGCGCAGGCGAUCACGCUUUUAAAGUCCGUAUUCGAUGUGGCCGACCCGGAGAAUCUGAUUGGAUCCAAACCCGAAUUGUUCAAACAAAUAACCCGGAUUCUCAAAGACAAAAUCUCACCGCAAGCGACGAAGUCCGCGUUAAAGCUUCUCGUGGAGCUCUGCCCGUGGGGGAGGAAUCGGAUCAAGGCGGCGGAAGGCGGCGCAGUGACGGCUCUAGUCGAGAUGCUUCUAGAAGUUUCCGAGAAAAGGGUUUGCGAGCUUGUUCUAACGAUUUUGGAUCAGCUCUGCGGCUGCGCGGAAGGAAGGGCGGAGUUUCUGAGGCACGCCGCGGGAGUGGCGGUUGUUUCAAAGAAGAUUCUUAGGGUUUCGCGGGUGGCGAGCGAGAGAGGGGUGAGGAUAUUAUGCUCGAUAUCGAAGCAUAGUUCGGGGAACACGAAGGUUGUCGGAGAAAUGAUGGAAGUCGGGGUUGUGACGAAGCUGUGUCUUGUUGUGCAAGUAGAGAGAAGUGGGAAGAUGAAGGAGAGGGCUAAGGAGAUUCUAAGGAAUCAUUCUAGGGUUUGGAAAGAUUCUUCUUGCAUUCCACCUCAUUUGCUCUCUUCUUAUCCAUCACCUUCUUGAUUCUAUUUUUUGUUGGGAUUUUUUGAAUGGAAUGGAUUUCUUGAUGUAAAAUUGCAUGCUUUUUGGAAAGAAAAAAAAAAUCAAAUUAAAAUUGUAAAAAGAGUUUGUUCAUAUGUA